AUGGCUGAACCACAGUCGGACCCGAAGAGUGCUCGAUUCCGGAAAAGAAGAGCUAUUGUCGUCUGCAUCGUUUGCCGCCUACGCAAACUCAAAUGCAACCGCGAGAUCCCCUCCUCCAAUUGCGUGCGCUCCAAAGAUGUAGCCUGCUUGUACUACCCCGAGGGCCUGGACGCUCUGCCCAACCCCCAAACGAGUCAAACCCAGUCUCAGCCUGCUGCCCUCCCUGAACCUCCCCCUCCUGAACCAGGCCCUUCUACCUCUUCUUCUUCAUACCCUGUCCCGCCGUUCUCUGGCGGCCAGGAGCACAAUAACUUUGGCUUUGCUGCACCUCCGCUUCCUCCCCCGUCGGAGCACAGGCCGCGCAGGCCCGGCCGUCCGUCAAAUCUCACUACGAGAUUGCCCUCGUUGGCGGCGGCGAAUGCGGCGAUUGCCCCGCCGUCGAGAUCUAUCCCUCCCGAGGCGCCUCUCCAGCCGCCGGGUGAGAGGAGGAAAAAGAGGAAGGCUCCUCAGGCUGAAGAACAGGGGGAGUCGAGUGCGGCUGCGGCUGCUGGAAGGAGAAGGGUUGGGAGGCAAUUUGUUAACGUGACGUUCUCCCCUGCUGAUGAAAAGGGGGAUGGUCGUGUGGAGACGACGACGGUUGAGUUGGCGGGGUUUACGGAGGAUAUACAUUUCCAGAGCGAGCAGCAUUCUCCCGGGCCGGGACAGCAGCAGAGGGGGUUCAGUCAGAGUGUGGUGCACAGAAGGAGGUUUUUUGGCCAGAGUCACUGGUUGAAUGUGAUGAAUUUGAUCCAACCCCUCUUCCAAACUCUCACCACCUAUCUCCGCGCCUCCCCUUCCCCCAUCCCGUCCCUCUCCCGCCGCGCCAAACAUCUCGCGAAACUCAUAAAAGCCCGCCAAGUCUGCGACGUCCUGGUCACAAACUACCUCCGCACGUACGAGAGCAUAUACCGCUUGUUACACAUCCCUUCUUUUCAACGGGCCUACGACGCGGUCUGGGGCCCUGAACACACGCCUGAUACGGUAUUUGUCGUGCAGUUGAAGUUGGUUUUGGCUAUUGGGGCUGCGACGUAUGACGGGAUGUUUUCGUUGAGGAGUUGGGCGACGAAGUGGGUUUAUGAGGCGGGGACGUGGUUGGGGAUGCCGGGGAAUAAAGGGGGUGUGAGUUUGGCGGGGUUGCAGACUAGUAUUUUACUUUUGUUGGCAAAGGAGGCGACGGGCGUGGACGAGGAUAUGGUUUGGGUUGGGAUUGGAUCAGUUAUCAGGAUGGCAAUGUGUCUUGGGUUACAUAGGGAUCCCACGGGGUUAGCAAUCGGCCCGGGACCGGGAGGGAGGGAGAGUUUGUAUGACGUGGAGAUGAGGAGGAGGUUGUGGAAUACCGUGUUGGAGAUUGCCGUACAGGCGAGUCUGAACUCGGACGGACCGCCGGGGAUUGGGCUGGAGGAUUUUAAUACCAAGAUGCCGGGAAAUUAUAAUGAUGAGGAUUUGGAGAGGGACACCGCGCCUAAGCCGGAGACGACGUUUACCCAGACCUCGUUGGCUAUUGCGCUGAGGAGGAUAUUACCCGAGCGUUUGGCCAUCGCUAAGUACUUGAAUAACUUUUCAUCGAAGGGAGUCUACGCUGAAACCCUCCGCCACGAUACCGAGCUUCGCGCUGCUUCCAAAGCGUUGAACCAGAUCUUGCAGACGUACCGCUCUGUGCCGAACGGCCCCUCCGAUCUCGAUCUACGAAUGUUAGACCUCUUAAUACGCCGCUACUUCCCUGCCCUCCACUUCCCCUUCUUCUCUUCCUCUCUCACCGACAAAUCCUAUGCCUUCUCCCGCAAAGUGGUUGUUGAAUCGGCUUUGCGUUUCCGGCGCGCUAUUUUCCCCUCCCCGCUUCCAUCUUCCAACCAACACGAUCCCCCCGACGACACGGGAGAUUUACUAUCUCGAUCGGCAAUUAACGGCGAGACCUUCCUCUCCACUGUCCCCCUCCAGUCCUUUAUUUGCAUCCUUGCCGAGCUGCAGGCUCUGAUCCGGGAAUCUGAAGACGAGCGGUUCGGGUUGUCGGGUAUAUUGCCCUCCCUGAGUGUGGAAACCAUCCGCCCUGACCUGGUUUCCUUCCUGUCUGAGUUCAAAGAGUUCGCGUGGAGGGCUAUACGGGCGGGGGCGACGAAUGUCAAGGGGUAUCUUGUGGGGUGUGUUGGGGUUGCGGCUAUUGAUGCGGUGAAGAGACAGGAGAAUAAAGAGGAGGUUGUCGUGAGGGCGCUGGAGGAGGGAGUUAGGAAGUGUGUCAGGUGGUUGGAGAGAUGUGUCGAAGGGGGGUAUACUGAUCCUGCGCUGGAGGAGGAUGGGGAUAUUGAUGUGCAAGAGGGGAGAUGGGAUGGAGAUUGGGAUUUAGAACAAAAGACAAUGGUCCCUAACGCCUCCCAGCAAACCCUCUUCCCUCCUAUCCAGCUCCAGCCAGGAGCUCAGUUCCCUUCUUCAGGCGACGCCGACCAGUUUCAGCUCCUCUCCGAUUCCUUCAGCAACCUCACGCUCAGCCGCGACCUUCCAGGCAGUCCUCAGUCCUUCCCAUCGGCGCCAUCAUCUCCGUCUUACAUUCUCUCGAGUGCUCGCCCCACCGCAACCAUCCAACCGGGUCUGGAAUCGUUCCAAGGCGGAACCGGAACCGGAUGCACAAGCAGAUGUGACCCCAUCUGCGACCAGCCCCCACAACGCCAACAUCCCUCUCAGCAGAACCAGCAAGAAGACCACCCCAUUAUCUCCAUCCCCCCGUUGUUGGUACCCCCAGGCGAAAACGUAAUUUUUGCGCACUCUUCCUUUUUCUCUCAGAACGCCCCUCUCGGCAUCUCCGAAUUGCCAUCUCCCUCUCAGGUUAGGGUCCAAGCUGCUUGGCUUAAUCUCACUCCCACAUUUACCUCCCAUUAUCACUCGCAUCAUGGGUAUCAGGAACAAUCUGGCAACUUUGACCCAGUAAAUUGCGCGUGCUAUGUCUACACAGUCCCCUUCCCCCAACUGGGACUAGUCGUUCGCUUCGGACGCGGAGUUAAUGCCUCCUCAGAAGGCAAGACUUUGUUGCUUGUUAGAGGGGCACUCAAGCAAGCAGGGAUAGAGGGAUGGGAGAAGGUGCCUGAGUGUUUUGGCUGGAGGAGGGAUGGCAGGGAGGAGAAAGAGGUAGUGUGCGGGGAGGUCGAGCGGUUGGUGAGGGCUUGGAGGGGGUUGUCUUGGGGAAUUGGAAAAUACUUCAUUGGCUCCAUCGACCGAACCCCUCUCUGCGACACGCUCUUCCGCUCUUGCGGUUCAUCCCCCUCCCCUGCAGCAGGGCCCUUCCCCUCAGUGUCAGCCUUCCACGACUACCUCGUUCAGACCGCCCUCUCCAAUUCCCAAUCCCGCCAGGGCACUCUUGUCGCUGGAUCGCACUCCCAUCACCACUACAACCCUCACCACUUAUUCCCCCCGAAUGUCCCCAUAACCUUCACCCACUCUGCCCUUCACCCCCGUAACAUCCUCAUCUUCCCUAGUCCCCACCAACCCCCUAAAGUGGUAGCAAUCCUAGGCUGGGACCAAGCAGGUUUCUACCCUUCGUACUGGCAGACGUUUAAAGCUAAAUGGGAGUGUACCCUGUCUAACGGGAUAGCCGAUUGGCAAGGGGAGUGGCUUCCUAGAGUGUUGGAUUUGGAGAAGGUGGAAGGGGAAGUGAAGAGAGCGGGAUGGAGUUUGAGCGCGUUGGCGGAGUAUUGGGGGUACUGGGUUCGGAUGAUCGUUGGUAGGUAG